AUGGAAAAGCUACAUCAUUUUGCCUCUAGUUUUGUAAUCUUCUUUAACGUUGCAAAGCUUGCAGCAGAGCUGCAAAAAUACAUCAUGGACAUGCACAAUUACAUGGAGGAUGUCGGCAUUACCUGGAGGCCGUCCUGCCAAGCGGAAGCACCAUUUGUGGAGAUUUUAAUGCUUGCAUUGCCAAAAGCUAGUGAUCCAUCAGAGCCGAACCCCACUGAUUUGGACUACCUCGGCAUCGACUGUGGGUUAACCUUCGUGAUUGUGACAGGAGAUUUGAAUCGUCUCCUCUUCGUCUGCAUUGAUCGUGGUAAUCACAAUAUGGAGCUGCAAAACUCCUUUUUUAUGAAUGCACAUGCCAUUACUAAAGGGACAUUGAAAAUGGCUGAAGCCCAGAUAACAUCUUCAGGAUUGAAGUCACGGCUUCACAGGCAACAUGAACCUGUGAAAUGUGAGAAACACUUGAAAGAUACCAUUGAGCAGUUAGAACAAUUGACUAAGUUGUUUCUGGAAAUUCAAACUCCUUCAGAAAAGUCCGGUCUGCAUACACAGUUUAUCGAGUAUUGGGACAAAUUUAGCACAAGUUUGACCAAAUUGUUAAAACAGUUUGAAUCGCGUCUAUCAACUGGAAGCAAAAAUUUUGACAUGGAGACUUUUAGCAAAUACACUUUUUUCUUUUAUCAUAUGGCGGAAGAAAUUAAAUUCCUUUUCCCAAGUGGAAAAUUCGCGACAAAUCAAGUUUUUGGUAGGAAAGACGCCCAAAAUUGGUGGGAACGCAAUUUUAAUCCACGGGUGGCAGUUGCAAGCGCUGAGUUCUUGGCCCGGUUCAGAAACGAGUUUCCUGAUGUAAAUGAGGAUGGUGAUGCGUUAAUUGACACCAUGGGCUUCUCAUCACUCGACUAUAUUUCUAAAUAUGAUUUAGACAUUUUUACAAGACUUUUCGGAGCGUGGCCGUUUGUUACUCGAAUUUGGAGAAGACUGGUGAAUCACCCUGGUUACCAAAAAUAUGGAACAUUCAAUACUACAUUUGAUGUACUUAAUAGAUGUAGAACGACUCCAGGAAGCUAUACUUUUCGUAUCAGCAUGAGUCGCAAUGGGUAUUGGUCCAUCGGCUAUGUGUCCGCAGAGGGAAAAAUCACCCAGGUAUUGUGCUUUACUUCACCAAUGACGGAUUAUCUCUGCUCCGGGAAAGAGCAAGGCUGCUUCAAAUAUCCAAAGGGUCAAGCAUGUUCAGAUGAUCUUUCGGAUGUGUCCAACAUGAGGACCAAGGUAGAAUUGUACAGCCAUCCAGGAGAUGCUGAGGACUUGCUGAAGUGCAAAAUUUGUGGAACCAAUCCGAACGACGCACAGCUGGAGCCUUGUGGUCACUUCAUUUGCGUUCAUUGUUGUAGAAAAAUACAGUCUUCAGCUUCGUGCUACCAGUGUAACAGCAAAAUUCUAUGCACAACGCCUAUUGAAAUUAAACUCGAAAUGGCUAAUGCAGUCGUAAAGCUCAUAGGCUGGCAUUCCGAACGAGCGUUACGAUUCCGUCGUAAAAUUCCGCCAGUUGUCCCAAAUUUUUGCUACCUAAUGGAAAUAACUAAGGAUGACGCGACAUCAAUCCAAUCUUUGGAGAACCAACACUAA